CGCAACGAAUUUCGCGCGACCCUGCCCGUGAGCAAUCUCUCAACUCAUCUCUGUAUGUGAAGUCUAGAUAUUUAUGGUCCAACAUGUGGCUGGCACUCGUGUUCGACUGAUUUUGGAUAUAUUCGAAGUAUUUCGAUCAAUUUCGGUUGACCCGAUGGUUUCGAGUGAAGAGGAAGAGGCCUAACCUCAAAACCGAGACGGCUGUUCCUCGUUUAUUAAGAGUGCAAGUACAAAAGUGCAAGAAGUUGAAUGAUUAAAUUAUCGGUAGUCUUGAUAUUUUAUCCACAAGCUGUGAAAAAUCUUUAUUGUGACUGUUUGGAUCCCGACUAAGGAAGACAUAACACACGCCAGUCGAGGAAGAUCGUGUCUGAAAAUGAGUUCGCAACAAAGUCCAGCGGCGUUACAAGCCACUGUGGAUCGUGAAAAAGUAUUCUCGUGGAUAAUCGAACUAGCGAAUCCUGAGACUAGAGAAAAUGCUUUAUUAGAACUCAGUAAAAUGCGCGAGGUUGUGCCAGACCUAGCACCGAUGUUAUGGCACUCAUUCGGUACCACGGCGUCUCUUCUACAAGAGAUAAUCAACAUUUAUCCUGCGAUAUACCCAGCGACACUCACCGCACAUCAGAGCAAUCGAGUGUGCAAUGCCCUCGCAUUACUACAGUGUGUCGCGAGUCACCCUGAGACAAGAUCAGCAUUUUUGCAGGCUCAUGUGCCACUAUUCCUGUAUCCAUUUUUACAUACUGUAAGCAAGACGAGACCCUUUGAGUAUCUACGAUUGACAAGUUUAGGAGUAAUCGGAGCGUUAGUAAAAACCGAUGAACAAGAGGUUAUAACCUUUUUACUCACCACAGAGAUUAUUCCUCUGUGCUUGAGAAUUAUGGAGAGCGGUUCCGAAUUGAGCAAAACCGUAGCUACCUUCAUCCUCCAAAAAAUUCUACUCGACGACAGCGGUUUGUCGUACAUUUGUCAAACUUAUGACAGAUUUAGCCAUGUGGCAAUGAUUCUGGGAAAAAUGGUGCUCUCGCUUGCUAAGGAUCCGUCCGCUCGGUUAUUGAAGCAUGUCGUGCGAUGUUAUCUUAGACUCUCCGAUAAUCCACGGGCUCUUUUAGCACUUCGACAGUGUUUACCAGAUCAGUUGCGGGACAACACAUUUGCCACUUGUUUGCAAGAGGAUAACUCGACGACGCACUGGCUGAAUCAACUCCUAAAAAACCUGGAGACUGGUCCUCAACCUGGUCCGUCUACUCAACCAGGUCAACAGGAUCCUCGAACAAUAGACCCACGUUUACUCUACAUGAGGAAGCUGUAAACAAUGUAUAUUACGACAUGAAGCGGCGUGCACAUACUUCGGAUGACACUUCAUUUGCGCGAUACUUGUAUAUAGUCCUCUAAUUGAAUGAAUUCACGGAAGAAGUGCGAUUUACUGUUACGAAAUAUUCGAUUUUGUAUUUAAUCUAGAAUUCGUUUUGAACGGAUAUGUAAAGGAUAUUGUUGAAUUUACUCCAAGCCGAGGAGGUAGCUUUUACAAAACUUGGAUCGAAACAAUAAUGGAUGCGUUAGUGUCCGAAACUGCAUUCUAUGAGGGAUGUAAGACUCGUCGUAAUCAUCGCUGUAAAUUUAACGAAUGUUCACGAAUAAUACGGCGUGAUUUCACCUUAUUCUCAUGGUUAAUUGUAUUCAACCGUUUAUUUCACAGGAACAUGUAGCUUUCCUCUUCGACGCGAAAACGAAAGCGUAACUCAUUUUCGCGUACUUUAUAAUCGAUCGUGUACUCGCUCACAUUGGCUCGUGUAAGGACCAUACGCUCACGAUUAUUGUAAUGCGUCGAUCAAUAAACCAAUAAGCUCUC